AUAUCUAUUGCAUAAUAUUUAGAUUUGCAUAGAUUUAUGGAUAUCCAUCAGAUGCCUACUAAAUUCUUUGCAAAACUCAAUUUUAAUAAACUUCUUCGAGAAUAAAUGCGCCUUCUAUUCGAGCGCUUAGGUAUCGUAUUCCAUUCUUUCAUAUUUAUCAAUAAGUGCAACCUCAGCAAUCUCGAACCUCGCGAUAGCGAAAACAAUGUAACGUGAUUGAAAUACACAAUGCCAAAAACAGCAACGUUGACUAGAAUACUGCCAUUGGCUAAGUAUCGGGCAGUACGAAACCAGGUGUGAGAGACUAGUCGGUACCAGACUGGAUUGGAGGUGGAAGAAGCAGGCAUAUGGAAGGUAGGGAGCGAAAGUGAGCGCGUCUCCAAGAAUGGGCAAGAAGGAUCGGACUAGCGCGAAACGGUGACAGAAAGUUGCACAGUGGGCGACGACGAGAUCCGUACCGGCGAAUCGCUGCCCAUCGGUCUUCCUUGGAUCGUGAAAAGUGCGGAAAUUGCGCGCGCGGGAACGUGCCGCCAUCAGCUGCAGAAAAAAAAUGCGAUGAUGAGGUGCAUCGUGGCAUUGCUGGUACCAGUUCGCUAGCGCGCACAGGAAAAGACAUUGCGAAAGAGAGAAAGAGAGGGAGAGACGCGUGCCGCGUUACGAUCGUGCUGAUGCGAUGCAAGCCAGUGAUUCUCACCUAGCAGCAUGAGAUAGUGAUGGAACAAGGUUACUCCUGCGCGCUCCUCGAUGUGCAUUCAGUGAGCGUGAAGCUGCGGUGACGUAAACAUUCGCACGAGCCGUCAUUCUCCGUAAAUAAAACGUAUAGUAUUCGAAGUAGCGCGGUGGCAGGAUGACGAGGAAGCUGAGCAAGUUCUUGAUACUUUUCGAUAACACAAAUCUACUGUAUUUCCCGGGCCACUUCUUGUCCGGUCGAGUUCUCAUAGAGUUGGACGAUGAAGCCUAUGUCUCAGGACUACAUUUCCAUGUUGUGGGGGAAGGAGUAGUUCGGGUGCGCAGUCAACGUGCCGAGAGAGUUUACGACAAAGAGAAUUACAUCGAUUUUCGCAUGCGACUGCUGGGCGAACCAGGCGAAGGGCCGUCAUUGCUAUCUCCGGGGAUACACAGCUUUCCCUUCAAAUUGGGUUUGCCGCUGGGCCUACCCUCGACUUUCCUCGGAAAGCACGGAUGGGUGCAAUAUUAUUGUAAAGCGGCUCUCCGCGAGCCAGGUGGGCUCACGCAUAAAAAUCAACAGGUCUUCAUCGUCAUGAACCCGAUCGACUUGAAUCUGGAACCUCCGAUAUUAGCGCAACCUGCGCGACAAGAGAUCGAACAGCGUGUGGGUGUCUCUUGCGUGUCGGGUGGUCCCGUCUUCUGCAGGGUGAGUCUGGAUCGGGGUGGAUACGUGCCUGGGGAAACGAUCGGCAUUUCCGCGACCGUCAGCAAUCGCAGUAAGGUAACUAUGAAAUCGACCAAGGCGUCACUCACCGAAACGAUACAAUAUUUAUGUCGCGGUAAAGUGCUGGCCAGCGAGACUCGGGAGUUGGCUAGUGUCUCGAGGGGAAAAAUUCGGCCGGGCGAAGGCGAGGAAUGGCUGAAUGAACAAAUGUACGUCCCUCCUCUGCCACCGACGAAUCUGAGAGGGUGUCAUCUGAUCAACGUUCUUUACCACGUUUAUUUCGUCAUAAGUCCGAAGAGCUUGGACAAGGAAAUCAAAUUGCAAAUACCGAUCGUACUGGCUACGUACCCGUUGAGGCCGGAGGGUGCACCAGCUGGUACGGCGCCGUCGAAGCGGGGCGCCCAUUAUCCGUCGACGUUACCUAUUUUCCGACCUUGGCUCGACGACAAGGCUUUCGAGAUACAAGAAUGAAAUAUGCAUUGACAUAUCUAUUAUAGACACAUCGAAUCAUUGUGAAUUAUGAAUGAUUAUCGAAUGAACAAAUGAUACCUUAAAAAGGUAUUAAUUUUCUAUGAUCAUAGACAUGUUAUCGCAGAGCGUACGCUUCUGAUUAUUCUGCCAAAAAUUUUCAUCGAUUCUUGUAUUACUAGCAAUAGUCGUGAAGAAUAUCGAAGAAUCGAUGGCGAUUUUUGGAAAUAUCGAAUUUGGUGCAAUUAUAUAUAGGUGUUCUAAGAGAUUUUCAUGUACACAUUAAAUUUUAUGAAUACUGACAAUACGCUAAUUCCGUCAAUUAUCUUCAGAGAAACAGAUGUAUAAAUUGUACAAUACUGUAUAAAUUAAUUGACAUUUAAAAGAGA